AAUGGCUGUUUCCUAGCACUAUCUUCACGAUACCUUUCCCCCCUGUCUCUUCUCAUAACUCAUAAGUGCAUAGCUUGCUUUGUGCCACCAAAUUAAAAGGUCAAAUCUUUGUGCCACCAGAAGAUCAAAUCAGAGAUGGCAAAUACUAGUGUUGCAGAAGGUGCAGUGAGGACGCUCCCUGACAAUCUCAAGUUGGUCACCGUACUGAGCAUCGAUGGUGGCGGCAUCAGAGGGAUCAUCCCGGCCACCAUCCUCGCCUUCCUAGAAGCGAAGCUCCAAGAACUGGAUGGACCAGAUGCUCGUAUUGCAGACUACUUCGACGUCGUCGCUGGCACUAGCACCGGCGGUCUCUUGACGGCGAUGCUCACAGCCCCGGACGCUAACGAACGACCACUGUUCGCUGCCAAGGACCUGGCGCGGUUCUACAUUCAGCACUCACCCAAAAUCUUCCGACACAAGAGUGGUAUGAGGUCCAAGCUCGCUAGCACGCUGAGGAUGGCGUGUGGGCCCAAGUACGACGGCAAGUACCUCCAUGGGCUGCUCCGACGGUACCUUGGUAAUACGAGGCUGGACAGGACGCUGACCAAUGUUGUCAUUCCGACCUUCGACAUUGCGUACCUGCAACCGACGAUUUUCUCCAGCUUUGAGUUGAAGCACCGGCCGUGGAAAAAUGCGCUUCUGUCAGACAUAUCGAUGAGCACCUCGGCAGCGCCCACCUUCUUCCCGCCGCACUACUUCGAGACCAAGGACGAGAAUGGCAGGAGGAGGGGCUUCAACCUCGUCGAUGGUGGGAUCGCUGCGAAUAACCCUACUCUGUGCGCGAUGAACCAGGUGUCUCAGGACAUCAUCCUCGGCGACGACGACUUGUUCCCGGUGAUGCCGGCGGACUACGGCAAGUUCAUGGUGAUCUCCCUCGGCUGCGGGUCGAACCGGAACCGCAGGUACUGCGCCAAGGCCGCCGCCAAGUGGGGCGUCUUCAGCUGGCUCUUCAAGGACGGCAACGCUCCCAUCAUCGACAUGUUCAACUCCGCCAGCGCCGACAUGGUCGACAUCAACCUCUGCGUCCUCUUCAGGGCCCUGCGCUCCAGCCAGAACUACCUGCGCAUCCAGUAUGAUCAGCUGACGGGCAGCGCGGGCUCCAUAGACGACACCUCCAAGGAGAACAUGGAUAGGCUGGUGAGAAUCGGGAACAAGCUCCUGGACAUGAACGUCUCCCGGGUGGACCUGGAGACUGGCCGGAUCGUGGAGGUGCCCGGUGCAGGGACCAACGCCGAGCAGCUCGCCAAGUUCGCCAAGCAGCUUUCUGACGAGCGACGCCGCCGGCUCCAGGACGAGCUUACUAGUUCCGAACCCGAAGUAGAAUUCCAUGUCCAACAUCAAGCUUGGUACGGUGACUCUCCUAGUACAGUAGAGGUGGGGGAUCUUGUGCCCGGAGGAGGAGAAGAGGGAGUCGUUGCUACAUACGAAAGUUGCAUGGCGCAUGGAGGCUGCUGCUCAAGUGAUGUGGCGGCUUCAGAGCUAGAAGCCGUCGUCUUCGGAAACAUGUGGAACAGCUGGGGAGAAGCAGCUGGCUUCGGUUUGCAUCUGCAGGACGUCUGAUGGAGUGAGUCCCUGGGUGCUGCUGCUUCGCUCGGUGGAUAGUCUGAUGAUAGUUACUCUAUGUUAAUGUUAAAGUUGUUCAGUCUGAUGAUCUCUUCGCUCGGUAAACUUUACCGCUUCAAACCAAACAGGCCCACGGUUCAGAUGGUAUACCCAUUGUCAGCAACCAGAAGGCUACCCGGGCCACAUCUAUUGGUGGCUGACCGCGUCUGACCGUGUAUGUGUGGAUGUGGGCUUGAGAGUCGGCUUCGGCUGUUGGGUUGGGCCGUUGGCCUUGUAAUGUCGGUUGUAGGCGCGGGGUUAUAAGCGCAGGGUGGAGUCACCGGGAAGGCAUCGAACCUGAGAACCAUUCUGUAACUGAAUUCCAUCUCAUCUCA